UCCUCUGCUCAAAUUCCUACCUGAGAAAACGAAAGUGUGGACAAAGUAUUUUACGGGUUUGUUCUAACCAACCACCGCCUGGUUUUUUGUUCUUUUUGUACUGAAACUAUUACACAAUCGAAUAAGGAAAUAUUACAAAAAUAAUUUACCCCCGCCUCCGUGUGUCGAAACCUGACUCCGAGCGCUCACCUGUUAGUCUGUGCAGCGUUCAGGUACACACAGGAGGACGAAGACACAAAAUGGAGUUAACGCCACUGCCCGGCUGAGGAAAAGUACACUUGCGCUCAUUAUUAUGCUUUUUGCUCGCCUGUUUGAUUAAUUAUUAAAACUUCAGUCGACCGAGACGCCGAGGAAAGAGAAUUAAAAAUGUUUUGGACGUUAAUCGUCGCCGCUUUAAUGGCGACAGAGUCCGCUAUGGGCAUUUCGGUCCAGUGUCCUACCAAGAGGUACAUUGUCAUCCUCUUCCAGCCUGUCACUCUCACCUGUAACUACCAGACAACUGCUAGCCAGCCUCCCGUUGUCACAUGGAGGUACAAGUCAUACUGCCGGGACCCGAUCCAGGCCGCGCUCAAUCCCAGCAGUGCAGAGAACAUCCUCUCUCAAAACAACCCGAACUACGAUCCCAACAUCGAGUGUGCCGACAGCCAAAGGACAGUACGCAUCGUGGCCUCCAAGCAGGCCAAUGCGGUCACCCUCGGCGCAGAAUACCAGGGGCGCAAGAUCAGCAUCCUGAACAAUGCCGACCUGAACAUCGCGCAGACCGCAUGGGGAGACAGCGGCGUCUACGUAUGUUCUGUGAUCUCUUCCCAAGAUCUUUCAGGAAACGGCGAAGACUACACAGAGCUAAUUGUACUUGAGAGAAAGUCAAAUACUACUGACCUCCUGCCUGGCAUUGACUUACUGGUUAUGGAAGGUAGUACAAGCUAUUUGACGCAGCUCAGUCAUGUUUCAGUCCUACUGUACGGGCAUCUGAGGGUGUUGUACGAGGCAGGAAAAGCAGUGAAGAAAGGGGUGGCCAAUCAGUACGCUCCCACACUCUAUGCUCCGAGUAUGUAUGCUCAGCCGGCAUACGGUGGCCCACUCCUUAACCAGCCCGCCAUGCCCCUGCUGCCUCUGCCCAACGGAGUCGGACCCCCGCCUCCUCACGGUUACAGUCGUGACUACGAUGGUGCCAGCUCAGUGGGACAGGGCUCCCAGGUGCCUUUGCUGCAUGACCAAGAAGGUGGAGGGGAUCACACUCGCAGUGGCUAUCGCAUCCAGGUCGACCCUGAUGGCAACGCCACCCGUGCCAUUUACUAUAUGGAGAAGGAACUGGCCAAAUUGGACCCAUCCAGAGCUGCCAACUACAACCGCCUGGACAACAUGACUGAAGUCAGUUCCCUGCACGAUGGCUUUGAGCCUCGAGGCCGCGGAGGACGUUCCCAGCCCCCACCUCUGGCCACAGUCUAUGACCGGGAUGAAGCCAUGAGCACCAUCAGCAGUGUUUCCCAACAAGGCCACCGGCGGGACGACUACCCACGCCGCGGUGGAGGCUACAUGGGGGAUCGCGUGCGCGCCCGCUCCAUGGACAACCUCGACGACAUCGGACGGCGAUACCCCCGAGACGACUACCCACCACACCGACGCCCGGAUGAGCCGAGAGGCAGGAGAGGCUCGGAAGACGAGUGGAGCAGCAGCGCUCGUAGCGGCUACGAUCGCAACUAUGACGACCGCAGACGUCGCGACUACUCCCCUGAUCGUCGGAGAGGAGGCGAAGGUGGCCUCGCGGGACGCCGCAGUCGCAGUCGUGAUGAUCUAAUGGAGCUGGAGAGGGAUCGGCGGCACGGCGGCGGUGGUGCCAGGGGUGGCCGAGACGAUUACGAUGACAGUUUCCUGCGAGAAGCCAUGGAGAGGAAGAAGAUGGGCGAGCAGCAGAGGGCUCGCAGCCGGGAGCGACUGGACAGCGAGAGCGACCGCUCUGAGCGGUCAAGGGCGCCACGUGGGCCACCGCCUCUUCCUGUGAGCCCACCCUCCGGAUACCCUGGUCGCCGCGACGACUACCCGCCUCCACCACCACCGCCGUACAGUGAAGAUGAAAGUGUGUCAUCUUCAAAGAAAAGCAACCUCCGCAAGAAUGGAGCAGUGAGUCGGGAGAGCCUGGUCGUGUAAAACCAGCGGCGCCGUGAGCUACUAAGUUCAAUAAUGAUGCAGCUUUGAUCUAUUUUAGAAACACCACUCGUGUUUUUCAGACUGUAAAUAUUAGUCACACUGCUGAUUGGCUGUGCUGAUUCGAUCCGUUUCAUAGUUAAUGUUGAACUCGUCAGAAAUUGAUGCUGAAUGUGAUUGUAUACUUUUCUAACAGGGAAGAGGUGCACGGAUGAAAUGUCACGCGCCUGUUCAUGUAUGUAAACCAUUGUGGCUGCCACAAGUGCCUUAGCGUGUACAGACUUUUACCUGCAGAUGUCAAGUUGAUGAUUCUCUGUGAAGGUGUUUGCAUCUCGACCAGGUGACAGUUGGCUUUAAUGUGUUCAACUGUUGUUUCAUUUAACUGACUACAGUGACUUUGAUAGAUUUUUAGGGGUCUUUUGACUGUUUGUUUUUUUUUGUAUUUUUGAAAAAAAGUAAUUGUUUUUAUAAGAGACUAUUGACAUUUAAAGAAAUUCCUUUUACCUUUUGCUUUUAGUCGUGUUAGCGUGCUCACUGUAUUUAGAAACCUGCUGAACAAGGUACUCAAAUAGAAUUUGUCUUGGACUACUUGGGUUUCAUUUCCUUUUUUUUUUUAAAACUCAGAUUGUCAGUUUUUAAACUACCGUAUGUUGUACAGCCGACCAGUAAUACGCUUUUGAAAAUGCAAAUGUUCAUUAUCAUGUUCUGAAAUCUAAUUUUACAAUAAAGGUCUCCAUUGCCAGGCCA